AUGCAACGAGAAGAGAAACAAUUAGAGGCUACAUUACAUGCUAUUUUAAACAGAGUAAAUGAUUUAAAAAGUGCUAUUCAGGCGUUAAUUACAAAACUAGAGACUGAAUAUGAAACAAUCAACUGGCCAACGUUUCUUGAUAAUUAUGCCAUACUAUCUGGACACUUGACAGGUUUAAGUAAAAUACUUCAGACUGAGCUAGCUCCUUCUCUUCGUUCUGUAGUGGUCCUACCUUUGCAACUGGGAUGCGAGCGUGACGAGGAGUUAGCCAGGUUAACUGAUGGUAGAGUACCUGCUUGUACUCACGAUCUGGUUCCAGACUUGCUACGUACCAAACCAGAGCCUCAAGCUGAACAAAGGCUUCAGCAAUUAAAUCAUAAAGCUACUACUUUAAGUUAUGAUACUGCACAGAAACAAGUAGCACAGUUUACAAAAGUUGUUAGUCAUGUCUGGGAAAUCAUAUCAAAAGGCAGAGAAGAUUGGGAAGGAGAAUCAAUGAGAUCUGCAGGUAUGCAGCCUACCCACAGUAUUGCUGACACGCAUGCACUAGUGACAGCAGUAGGAACUGGUAAUGGACUAAGACCUGGAAUGCCUUCUAUGGUGCCACAAGGUGUUGGGGCCCCUGGUAUGGGGCCAGCUAGAGGACCAACUCCUCAGAUUGGUCCUGCAGCACCCACCAUGCCUAAAGCACCAUCAGCAAUCAAAACCAACAUAAAAGCAGCAAACCAAAUACAUCCAUACCAACGA